AUGACUAGCCGUGAUCUUCACGGCACGCAAAUGGACUACACAACUGAUACGGACAAUGGCGCAGCACAGCAAGUCAACCAGGGAGCUCUAAAUGACUCCUUGAUGUCUGGGUUGCCCGGCCCGACCUUGACUGAGAAUAGGCUUUCAUUUUUUAAGUAUGUCUGGUCUUGGAAGCAUGAUAAACAGCAUAUGCAAUGGUUCAGGGCACGCGGCGUUGCAAAGGGUAUGAGCGACCCUAUCAUCAACGAACCUUAUUGGGACCACCCUACGAUCCCGUUCCCUUCAGAAUAUAUGCGACCUACAACGUCUUCAUUCAUUUCACCUCAAAUGAGCGGAGCAAAUGCCAUCACCACGGCUUCGUCAGAGUCGCUCAUGGCGGGCGCCUCCACCGAACAGCGAGCCGCAGAAGAAGACGAUUUCACCAAUUCUGAAAGUGGUGCCUCAGAUGAUACAGUUCCAACGGAAAUAGGUCACAUAUCUAGGCCUCAUGACGACGAGGGCGCGGGCUCUUUCACCUGGGGACGCCAUAAGCCUCAGGGUGGACACACGCCACAAGCGGAAUUUCCGACCAGACACAUGCAGCCAUCCGGGAUGCAAUCUUUCUACGACGCUCAAGGCGCAAGGCAACCGCCUCCAGAUCCUAAGAGCGGCGGAAGUCUGGAUACCAGUAACUCUCAGCCAGAUAUCAUCACGUUGAGCGAUCUUCUACGGUUGGAACAAUCAGAUACACGACAUGAUGUAUCAGCAUCUGACAACGAUAUCUCUUCAACGGUCGCAUUCAGUACUGCAUCUGUGGCUCAGAGUGACACUGGCACUUUCACCUCCCCCAAUGACAGCCAGAUGUUUGAUGCUAAUGAUGCCACCCAACUGACGAAAGAUGAGAUAGCCGAUACAAAUCCAAGAAAUCGCUCUUCUGCGGUUUUGAAGGGAAAGAAGACUAUGGACCAGGUGGCAGGUACUAAGAUGAGCCACAGCCAGAAGCUUGCUGCAGCGCGUCGGGCUAAGAAGGGGCAUCAUUGCAACAUCACGCCUCCCAAAUUGGAUGACGAAAAGACCUCCGGAUCCGCGUCUCGGCGUAAAAAGUCUGCGAAAGACAGAGGGUCUACCAUGCCUAAUGAAGAAGUACAGCCAACCCAUGUGACCUCGAAAGUUGUUUCAGAUGCGGUGGAGAAGCUUCUUCUGAUUGUGAAUGAUCAGAAUAAGGACGAAAGUGAACGACUGGAGGCUCGGUGUCAGCUACAAUUGCUCUUGAAUGUAGCCUUGAAUAUGGUUGGUACUCAGCAUGAAAGAGAACAGGCAUCUGAAGCCUUGGUGAGGACUUUGGCAUUAGCCGACGAUCUUCAAUCGGAUAGCGCCUGCGUUGUCAUAUGA